CGUUUUGGACAGGCUUCAGUCUAGAACGCGGUGGACGCGCACCGACUCCAGCUAGCAGUAGUGAAGCAGCAGCUGAGGGAAAGGAAAUUGUUCCAAAAAGGAAAGCGAAAUCAGAAUACGGCCCGAGAAACCUUCAAAUUUUUUUCCAUCGUCUUCUCGAUUCCUCCUCACUUGUGGCGCUUAGGGUUAGGGCUUCUCUCCAUCGCUCGCAAUCGCCAACUUGGGCGCUCGAUCGGACGGGAUUCGAGUGGUAGGAGGAGAAGGUCCGGAAGGGCUUCUGUGGUCCGAUUUUGAUCGGUUAAAGAUCUCUGGCAGGGUUUUUCCGGCGACAUGGGCGACUAUAUGUCCAUAAUUCCGGCGGCCGUCUUGAGGAACCUCGCGGAUAAGCUUUAUGAGAAGCGGAAGAAUGCGGCCCUCGAGGUGGAAUCGAUCGUGAAGCAGCUCGCAGUUGCAGGAGAGCAUGAAAAGAUCAAUGUGGUGAUUCAUUUGUUGAACGAGGACUUCACCUUCUCUCCGCAAGCCAAUCAUCGGAAGGGUGGAUUGAUAGGGCUUGCUGCGGUGACAGUUGGGUUGACAAAAGAAGCUGCUCAUUUUCUGGAGCAAAUUGUUCCUCCUGUGCUUAACUCCUUCCUUGAUCAAGACAGCAGGGUUCGUUAUUAUGCUUGUGAAGCACUUUAUAAUAUAGCAAAGGUUGUAAGAGGAGAUUCCAUCAUAUUUUUCAAUAAAAUAUUUGAUGCACUUUGUAAGCUUUCAGCGGACUCAGAUGCAAAUGUGCAGAGUGCUGCUCAUCUUCUAGAUCGGCUUGUAAAGGAUAUUGUAACUGAAGGUGAUCAAUUCAGCAUAGAAGAAUUUAUACCUCUUUUGAGAGAGCGCAUGAAUGUACUCAACCCUUACGUGCGCCAAUUUUUGGUGGGAUGGAUCACCGUACUGGAUAGUGUUCCAGAAAUUGAUAUGCUUGGCUUCCUUCCAGAAUUUCUCGAUGGGUUAUUCAACAUGUUAAGUGAUUCUAGCCAUGAGAUACGACAACAAGCUGAUUCUGCACUUUCUGAAUUUCUUCAAGAAAUAAAGAACAGUCCAAAUGUAGAUUACGGUCGGAUGGUUGAGAUAUUGGUACAAAGGGCAAGUUCCACUGACGAAUUCACACGUUUGACAUCUAUCACAUGGAUAAAUGAAUUUGUAAGGCUUGGUGGUGACCAGCUUGUUCCUUAUUACGCUGAUAUUUUGGCAGCCAUACUACCCUGCAUAUCUGACAAGGAAGAGAAGAUCAAAAUAGUUUCUCGUGAAACCAAUGAAAUGCUUCGUGCAAAUCGUGCUGAUCCAUCCGAGGGAUUUGACAUAGGAUCAAUUCUCUCCAUUGUGAAGAGACAAUUAGCUAGUGAAUGGGAAGCUACACGAGUUGAGGCUUUGCAUUGGAUUGCAACACUAUUGGCGCAGCAUCGAGCUGAGGUCAUUUCUUACCUGAAUGAUAUCGUUGACUCUCUUUUGAGGGCAUUUUCAGAUCCUUCCGACGAGGUGGUUUUGCUGGUGCUAGAAGUGCAUGCAAGCAUAGCACGAGAUAUAACACACUUCCGCCAACUUGUUGGUCUUCUAGUUCAUAAUUUUCGAUCAAACCACUUGCUUCUUGAAAAGCGCGGUGCUUUGAUAAUACGCCGACUUUGUGUGCUUUUGGAUGCGGAAUGCGUUUAUCGAGAAUUUUCUGCAAUUUUAGAGGGAGAAGAUGACUUGGAUUUUGCAGCCAUUAUGGUUCAGGCUUUAAAUGUGAUUUUACUCACUUCAUCUGAGCUUACUGGGUUAAGAGCACUUCUAAAGAAAUCCUUGGUGCAUCCUGCUGGCAAAGACUUAUUUAUUUCUUUGUAUUCUUCCUGGUGCCAUUCAUCAGUUGCACUGAUUAGUUUAUGUUUACUAGCUCAGGCUUACCAUCACACCAAUUUCAUAAUUCAGUCACUAGGAGAAGACGACAUAAAUGAGAAGUUCUUCAGACAACUAGAUAAGUUGAUCCGCUUGGUUGAGACUCCAGUUUUUGCUUAUCUAAGAUUGCAACUCCUUGAGCCUGGAAAGUUUUUAUGGUUGUUGAGGGCAUUGUAUGGUCUUCUGAUGUUAUUACCCCAGCAAAGUGCAACCUUCAAGAUAUUACAGACUCGAUUAAAGACAGUGCCAUCAUAUGCUCUCAAUAGUGAGCAACUCAAGCGUGCAUUAUCAGGGAACCCAUACUCACAGAUUCUUCAGAUUACUGAUGACACAAAUAAGACUCAUGAUGCAGGAAACAUGUGCAGUGCAAUCAACUUUCCAUCUAGGAUGCAACAAUUUCGGAACAUGCAGCAGCGACAUCGCAUGCAUAUGAAAACGAAAUUGCAGUCCCGCCAUUCAACUUCUUCAAUGCUAUCACAGGAAUUGAAGGUUCUGAAGAUCUGAAGGUUCUAGCCGCCCCUCACCAGUUCCAGACAUCAGCAGCCCCUCAUCUAGGUCAUCAUGGUCAACUGCAGGACAAUCAUAACACUGACUCCAAUGUUUAGUUUGUGCUGCUUUGGAUCUCUUCGGAUCAAUCUCGGCAUCAAAAAUUACAUGAAUCAGUAGGCUUACAUGCUAGAGAUUUAGUUGUAAAUCCUCUCUUUUCUUUUUUGUCUUUGCCCCCCUUCACCAUUGGUCCAUAUUCUAUGGGAUUGAGAAUUGAGAUGGUAGGAAUUGUGGAUGAUCUAAACAGGCUUUACCAGUGUCAGGGCUAUUCCUUGUAUUAUCAGACUAGGUAUGCUCGUAUGGUUUUGUAUUUUUUUGUGAGGACCAUAUGAGCCAGAGCCAAGGGAAGUAUUUUGUAUGGUGGGGUUAAGUUGGUUGCACAAAUUCAGCUGAUUCGACAAUCCCAAUUAUGAUAUAGUCAGAGACUUUUCUGUUUAUAUUUUUUUCUUAAACUGUUGCAAAUUGUUUCAUUA